AUGUUAGGUGCUUUUCUUCCUUUGCCUCUCAGAUAGCUUCGCGCUGUUGCAAUGGAACCUGUGAUUGGUUGCUGCUUCUUGUCAAGCGUUUUCUGGUAUCUUCGACAUAGGGAAGUUCCUUGAGCUUCUCUAUCAUAAGCUCAGGCCUACCAGCAUUGCCAAGGUUCUAUUGUUCGUCACUUUGCUGCAGUGUGCUUGCAUUGAAACUGGUGGGCAGGGUUUCUUGCUUUGCAUCGAAACUGGUAGAGAAGAUGUCACGUUGGCAAGUUUUGGCCUCUGUUAUGUGAUUGGUUGGAGUAUCUUCUCUCGAUGUUUGCAUGAUUAUUUCUUUAGUAUAGAUGAAUACGUUAUACAUUGGUUUUUUUUUUUCUUCCCCUUUGAUUAAGUGGGUGUUCUUGAACAUGAACCGUGUUCGUCUUGUUUCUCCAGAUUUACUUGAACUCUGAGGCUUUGGGUUCCCUGGGGGUUUUGCCGUUUAUAUUUUUGUUAAUUAUUCUCAGUAGUCUUGUUCGUGCAAUUGAUAGUUAAUAAUGAAGUGCUUUGCGUACAUUUGGCUGAUUAGUCUCUUCUGUUGCAGCGAGCCUGACCACAAAGGCUGAGGUGCAGGACUCUGGAAACGCCCCAGCGGCAGACUUGUAUACGGCCUUCAAACACGUGCUUCUACCUAUUACUGAUCGGAAUCCCUACCUAUCCGAAGGAACAAGACAGGUUUUGCUUCUCUCUCUCUUCCCAUUCUUCAGCAACCCUCAUAAUGAUAAACUCUGUGCGUCUCUCUCUCUCUCUCUCUCUCUUCCCAUUUUUCAGCAGCCCUCAUAAUGAUAACCUCUGUGCUUCUCUCUCUCUACCCAUUCUUCAGUAACACUCAUGAUGAUAAUCUCUGUGCUUCUCUCUCUCUCUCUCUCUCUCUCUCUCUCCCUCUUCCUCUCCCCAGUCUUAAGCUACUCAGGCUAUUAUGCACGAAUACUACGUCUAGUUUGAUCACUACUCCUCCCAUUGGCAAUUGGUGAGACCAAAUCUAUCUUCAACCUCAUCCCAUCCGCCUCUCUCCCUGACCCGUAAUGGUCUCUCUCUAGUAGCUAUCGAUUUGACUUCGUUCUUCUGGCAGGCGGCGGCAACAACCGCUGCUCUGGCGAAGAAGUACGGCGCGGACAUUACAGUCGUCGGUAUGCUCAUCAGCGCCUUCAACAGGCCAUCUCAUCAUCCAUUCUUACAAAAAUAGUCUGAAAUAUGUGAUCGGGCAUCCCUUCCCGGCAGUUAUCGACGAUAAGCCCAAGGAAUCGAUCCCAGAGCACGACGCCCAACUGUCCAGCAUCCGGUGGCAUCUGUCCGAAGGUCAACGCAUUCCCCUUAAACAAAGCUAAGCUUCCGCUAAUCGCUCUCAUCUUCAUCAGUUUUGGUUGGCUCAUCGGAUUGGGCUGUUGGUGCAGGCGGCUUCCAGGAGUUCAGGCUAAUGGAGCGGCUGGGGGAGGGGAGCAAGAAGCCGACGGCGAUCAUCGGAGAGCUGGCGGACGAUCUGAACCUGGACUUGGUGGUGCUCAGCAUGGAGGCGAUCCACUCGAAGCACGUAGAUGGAAACCUCCUGGCGGAGUUCGUCCCCUGCCCGGUCCUCCUCCUCCCUCUGUAG